UCUCUCAUUGUAUUUCUAGACUUCGAAGUGUCAACAUCUUCCUGAGAAAUAGUACUGAUAAAAUGUGUUGAGUUUACACACAGCCAUGGGAUUUAUACGAAUUUCUGUAGUAUUAUUGUCUCUGAUUUUCUAUCAUUGUGCGUUAUCUAAGAGUGAUCCAAAAGAUUGGUACGCGGAAAGUGAGUCCGUUAUAGAUCCGAACGGUGCGUUACUACUGAAAUGGAAAGUGGAUUAUUUCAAUCGUAAAAUAAGAUUUCAAUUGGUUAUAUCAGAUAGAGCUCCGGAAGCGAACUGGAUUGCCUUAGGAUUCUCUGAUAGGGGAGAUUUAACAAACUCUGAUGUUUGCCUAGUAUGGACAGAUUAUAAGGGACGUGAUCAUUUUGAGGAUAUGCACGCGGACUCUGACGGUAAGGUGACGCGGGAUGUGCAACAGGACUGUGAAGCCUUUUACCUAGAUAGUAACGCUCGGAGUAUUUUCUUCGAACGAUACUUCGACACUUGCGAUGACAAUGAUUACAUUAUUGAGGACGGAACAGUUCACGUAGUAUGGGCCCGAGGUAUAGACAAGCUGUUCACAUCUAAAGGUCUCUGUUUAACGUGCACGGCGGCCGAGGACCACGGCUUCGUGCGCGUUCGGUUACUAACGCCUGCAAACUUACCGCAGCCCCGCGCGGAACAGCUCGUUAUAACCAACAAAGAUUUGAACGUCCCUAGUGGUGAUACCACAUAUUGGUGCCAGGUUGUCAAACUACCGGACUUUGUUAUACAGAAAGUUCACCAUAUAGUAAAGUUCGAGUCCAUCAUUACCAAAGGAAACGAAGGUCUGGUACACCACAUGGAGCUCUUCUAUUGCGACGCUGAUCCAAACAAAGAAAUCCCACUUUAUAACGGAAACUGUUUCUCACCUGAUCGACCUGAAGUAACGAAAUUAUGUUCGAAGGUGAGAGCGGCUUGGGCUAUGGGGGCGCCACCUUUCGCUUACCCGGAGGAAGCGGGUCUACCUAUCGGUGGUCCGGAAUCAAACAAAUACAUCAUGCUCGAAGUGCAUUACAAUAAUCCCGAAUUAAAAGAUGAUUGGAUCGACAGUUCUGGUAUUAUAUUACACGUGACGGCAAAUAAACGUCGCUACGAUGCAGCUAUUAUGGAACUUGGUUUGGAAUACACAGACAAAAUGGCCAUACCCGGUGGACAGGAGGCCUUUCCUCUAACUGGUUAUUGCAUUCCGCAAUGUACAGGUGUGGGCCUACCAGAGCACGGUAUCAUAGUGUUCGGUAGCCAGUUGCACACGCACCUGACGGGCGUAGCGGUGUGGACGCGUCACGCGCGGCGUGGUAUCGAGCUUCCUCUGCUUAACAGGGACCUGCACUACUCCACGCACUUUCAAGAGAUCAGGAUACUACAUCGACCUGUCAAAAUUCUACCCGGUGACUUCUUAGAGACGACGUGCAUCUACAAUACAGUAGACAAAUCAAACGCGACCAUCGGUGGCCACGCCAUCACCGACGAGAUGUGCGUCAACUAUCUGCACUACUACCCCGCAACGCAGCUCGAAGUUUGCAAGAGCGCCAUCUCUAACCUGGCAUUGGAAAAUUAUUUCAAAUUUGAAGACCGAUGGGACAAUAUGUCUAUCUCGUACUCGGCGCCGCCCAGGGCUAACUACCUGGCUAUCAAGCCGUGGACACCGCUGAGAGCCGGUGCACUGACUGCACUGUACACAGAAUCUCCGAUAUCAAUGCAGUGUAAUAAAUCCGAUGGCAAUCGAUUUCAGGGAGAUUGGGAGGGAUUGCUGAUACCAAAAAUCAAAGUUCCAUUGCCGGAAGAGCCGCGAAUCUGUCGAAACUCCGCGAAAAAAGCCAAAAAAUUUAUGACGUACAAAGAUUAUAUGCUAAAUUAGUUUUCCUCUUAUUCUAACAUAGGUAUACUAACUUCUAGCUAUACCAUUUAUACUAUAAAUGCUUGUUGAUAAAAUGUACCAACGUUAUUAAAAUAAAGUUA